UCCUCCGGAGCCUCGCCCACCGAGAGCGCCUCUGGUGGCCCGCGGGUCCCCCAGCUGCAGACCGCUCGCGGGGCGCUUUGUGCGGUUCCCGACCCUCGGAGCGGACUCAGAAAACCUGAAAGGCCACGAUGUCUACGAAACCCAAGCUCCACUAUCCAAACGGAAGAGGCCGGAUGGAAUCCGUGAGAUGGGUUUUGGCCGCCGCGGGAGUCGAGUUUGAUGAAGAAUUUUUAGAAACGAAAGAGCAGUUGCAGAAGCUGCAGGAUGGUAACCACCUGCUGUUCCAACAAGUGCCAAUGGUUGAAAUUGACGGGAUGAAGUUGGUGCAGACCCGGAGCAUCCUCCAUUACAUAGCGGACAAGCACCAUCUCUUCGGCAAAGACCUCAAGGAGAGGACCCUGAUUGACAUGUACGUGGAGGGGACACUGGAUCUCCUGGAACUGCUUAUCAUGCAUCCUUUUCUCAAACCAGACGAUCAGCAAAAGGAGGUGGUUAACAUGGCCCAGAAGGCUAUAAUUAGAUACUUUCCUGUGUUCGAAAAGGUUUUACGGGAACACGGACAAAGGUUUCUUGUUGGUAAUCAGCUGAGCCUUGCAGACAUCAUUUUACUGCAGACCAUUUUGGCUCUAGAAGAGAAAAUUCCUAAUGUCCUGUCUGCCUUUCCUCACCUCCAGGAGUUCACGGUGAAAAUCAGUAACAUCCCUACAAUUAAGAAAUUCCUCGAACCUGGCAGCAAGAGGAAGCCGCCCCCGGAUGACAUCUACGUGAGAACCGUGUACAACAUCUUCAUGCCGUAGAGCGGCUCCCACGGCUGCGAGUGAGCGCCGACCCCGAGGUCGCUGCGUCCACAGUAGCGUCUUAAUGGAAGCCAGGCUGUCGUGAUCCAGCUGUCGUGGUGCUGUGUGUAGUUGUCCCUAAGUUGGUCUUUCAUGUCGAGGAGCUCUCUUCUAGAAGCAUCAACCUGUCUUGUCCAGUGAGUAAUUGUUAUGGGACCCUCUUCUGAAAACCUUUUUUGGAGAGGCCGGCAUUUAAGUUAGAUCUGCUCUGUCUGCUGAUCGCCUGGUAACAAGGAUGGGCAGGACCUCGUGUUCUCGCCUGAGCUGCUUUUCUCCUUUCCUUCUCCCAUUCUAACCACCCCCUGCCCCAGGCUCGUCUUAUUUUUGGUGCCUCAUGACAACGGAAUUCGCUAGAUAGUGAGUAACUCUCCUCUGAGUUAUAAUAGAUCCAUGGUAGUCAUGAACGCCAUCGAUAUUUGCCAAAAUAAAGGAUUUACAAAUCAUUACCCUGCUGCUAGAAUUUUUAAAUUAAAUCGUUUGGAGUACAUAAUACAUUCACAUGGUUCCAGAAUCGAGAAACCAUAGAAGGCUAUCCAGUUAAAGUGGUUUGUUUUUUUAUUUUCAGUUCUGCCCUCCAUAGGCCAGCAUCUUUAUCCUUUGAGUAUCUUUCCAGUUAUAUUUGACCCAAGUAUAAGAGAAUAUAAAUAUAUAUAACUUUUAUCCUCUUACUGCCCAAAUGGUUAUUUGUAGACUUCUAAAUUUUUACGUUUCAAGAACUAAAAGUGUGGCUUGUUCAUACUGCUUUAAACAUGUGUUGAUUUACAUCUCAGAUACUAAUUGAGCACCUGAUACGUGCCACAUAGCAUGCCAGGAGGCAGGAACCCUGGAACAGAGGCCCCACUUUAGGAAGAACUCCCCACACAGUAGGCGAGAUAGAUGUGUAAACAGCAGAAGUCAUUUUAGAAAAGAAAGAAUUACCACUUUGGGAGUAACUCACACUUAGGGAUUUCAAAACUGAAACAAAAGGCAACUGUUUGAUACAGGGCCUGUAGACAGGCCUCACUCAUUCCUUACGGCCAGAAGGAUUUUUGCCCAGAUGUGAAAAACAGUCAUGAGAGGACCCUGAAUGCCUGUUCCAGCCACGCAAGUGCCUCAGGGUUUUGUUAGAGGAAAAUCCAGCGCAGACGUGAAGGUCUGUCUUCACAUUUGGACGGAGUGAGCACUGUCAUCAUGCUAAUAUUCAGAACUGCUGGAGGAGUCGCGGCAGGGCGGCAGGUGCUGCAUGGGGCAGGCCCGAGGAGCAGUGGUGACCCAGGCUGAUGCAACCGCCAGGCUCCUGAGAGCAAGAGAAGAAAAAGAAGAAAAUGGGGGCAGGGGUGUAGUAAAAAGCCUCACCUUCCCCAGAGACAGAUCGGGCCUUUGCUUCUGGGAGGUGAUCCCUGAGUCUCAGGAAAUGUCAUCUCUGAAAGGCGUGUCUUUGUUUGCCGGGGGCCCUGGGCCAGCCAGAUAACAACUAUGACUUACGGCAUAGGCGUGGUGUCAGCUCCCCUCUGGAGGGUCUGGUGAUAGCCCAGCCAUGUGGGCAGACAGACAUGUCCCUGUGAUGGAGCUCCAGGCAAAACUCUGGACUCACCUGAGUGAGAGUGGGCUUCCUCUGUGACAGUACUCCAUUGUCACCUGUGCUUGCCAGGAGGAGUUGCUUGCCACCUGCUGGUUUCCUGCUCCACAGAAUGAGGACAUCUGGAUGCUCUGUACCUGGAACUCUCCUAGACUCUGCCCUGUGCAUCUCUGCCCUUGACCGAGUUUCUUCUGUAUUGUCUCCCUGUAAUAAACCGUAGCUGUGAGUAUAACCA